AUGAUUAUACUUGACAAACAUUUUCAAGAGACGCAGUCAGAGAAUGAUGAGAGUGACUACGAAUACGUCCCAGUAACGAGAAAGAGAAGACAAAAAUCGUCAACGGAGGCGGUAGAAAUAGUUCCGAAGAAGAAGAGACAUUACGACACCAACAAAAAAUGGCCUUGCAAGAAAUGCGGCCAAAUUUUCCCCACUAAACGAACAUUGGUCUCCCACAGGAAAACAGAACACGCCACGAUUGACCUUGACGAACAUACAUUCAAGUUUGACGAAAUACAAGAGCUGUACGUGUGCAAUACCUGCUCUGCAGAGUACCAGGAGCAAGUAGAGAUUGAAAAACACAUCAAAACGCACGAAGAGAAGUUCCAGUGUGCCGUGUGUAACGAAAAGUUCAAAAAGGCUUACGACUUCGGCACUCACAGCGCCGUCCAUAGUGAGGAUAAGUCGUUUCGCUGCCCUCUAUGCACUUAUAAGACAUUCAAAAGAACCGGCCUCCUUAUACACAUCAACUACGUCCACUUGAAGAAGUUCUCUUACAUAUGCGAAACGUGCGGCAAAGGCUUUAACGACACAGUCCUCUACAAAGAACACAACAACGAGCAUUUGGGAAUAAGGCCGUUCGCUUGCAUAGUGUGCACGAAGACCUUCACCUAUUCCAGAUACCUGCUCACGCACCAGAUCCGAUCCCACAGAGUAGGCAUCGACGGCCAGCUUCUGCCCAAUCAGUGCAUGGUGUGCAGCAAGGUGUUCAGUAAGUUGGCCACACUUGAAAAACACUACGAGGAGAAGCAUGUGAAAAACCCGUUGCCCCAUGAAAAGAAACAUCUUUGCGACACCUGCGGAAAGGGAUUCUCGCAGAAGAAUAAGCUUCGGAUACACUACAGGGUGCACACGGGAUUUAAACCGUACACCUGCACGUAUUGCGCCAAGAGCUUCACGAAGAAAGAUUAUCUCGUCAUGCACGAAAGGGUGCACAGUGGAGAAAAGCCCUACUCGUGCGAAUACUGCGGGAAGUGUUUCAGCCAGGGGGCGCCCCUCAGGAUACACCUCAGAACGCACACGGGAGAACGGCCGUACAUCUGCCAGUUUUGUACCACAGGGUUCACUUCGAGAGGUGCGUUGAACAUGCACUGUAAAAACUGCAACGGGAGACUGUAA